CACAACACUUCCUGCACUGUUCAUAACUUUGGUGCAAAUACGUGUGUGCCCUCAUAUUUUGGUUUCUGGACUCCUCUGCCCUCCACUGUGUUUCUAUUUACAAAUAAUAGUAAAUCUAUCAGUGUUUGGGGUACUGACGCGUGUGCAUUUAGUUGUCACCUGGUUGCUUCCCGUGUCUCCAUGAAGGCACGCGUGUCUUCUGUUGGGGUUUGUGUUUGAGAAUCGAUUCUUUUGGUUUAGAUGGAGCGAAUUCAGAGACGUGGUCUUAGCCCCAAAUCCAGAAGAAGAACCCGACGUAUCCUCUCUGAUGCGGCCGCGCAGGUGUAUCCUAAAAGAGAUUCCGACCCGAAAACAGGUUUGUCUUUAGGUAUUGAUUCUUUGCUAUUAUCCCUCUUCCAGGAAUUCUAUUUUGUUUCAAACUCCAAAGUUGCAUGUUGCUGAUGCAUGGCGUUGUCCCGUGACCUCCGAGGCUUGGAUUGAAGGCACUGUGGUGCCCUUUCUUUGGCACCUUUGUGUUCUUAUUCCUUUGUAUCCCCGAUCAUUCAUUCCCCCUCAAUCUCAUCGUGAGAGAGAUAAGAAUGGGUAAUAGAUUCAGAGACGCAAGCAAGAAUAUGAAUUUCAUGAGGAAUGGAAGUCCUUAAUCGAUCAUUCAGCUAAGGCCUUCACUACUGAUUUCCUUUGCAUGCGUUUAGGAAGAUGAAUAUCACUAGGCUAGCGGAUAUUAAUCUGUCAUCAACAAAUAUGGUGGUUCAAGUAUGAAUCUGCAGGAUAUGGACGUGGAAGAUUUUAGGAGAUGAUCAGUAUUGCGAAGGAUUACAAUUUGUUUUAGUUGAUCAUGAGGGUGUUGGGGUACAUGGUCUACUUGGUGAUGUUAGUUAUGACGACGAGGGGAUGAGAUUUGUAGAAAGUUUUGUCUAUGAAAUUUCAAACUUUAGGUGUAUUGAAAAUCAAAGGAAAUCUGUUGUUGUACCACAUCAAGUCCAAUUGUUAUUCAGUGACAACACACAAUUCAGACUUAUACCUGAAUACGCCCAUCCAAUUCCUUAUUACUGGUUUCAGUUCAUUGAGUUGGACAAUCUUCAAUCGAGAGUAGAUGAUGACACAUUUCUAACAGAUGUCAUUGGAGUAGUGGCUCAUGUUCCUCCUGCUGAAUACCUAGAAAUCAGAGGAAAACAGACGACAAAGCAGUGUAUUGUUAUACAUGACUCAAGAGGGAAUAAUGUCAGGGUUACAUUAUGGGAUUCAGUAGCUUAUGAGUUUGAUAUUGGUGUUGUCGCAAUGCUGCCUCCUCCGGUGAUAGCUGCAUUCAGUAGCACGAGGGUUAGAAGAUUGUGUGGUCACACUGAGGUCUAUUCGACAUCGGAUACUGCUGUAUUUUUAAACCCUGGAAUCACUGUGGCAUAUGAUUUAAGGGCAAGGAUAUUAUCCCCUGUAAAUGUUGCUCAGACUGAUACAAAUUCAGUUGAUAAUGCUGUUAUUGAGGUCGACAAUAUGCACGGAUAUACAGCACAAGAUGUUUUUGUUAUUGGGGCUAUGAUUACAGAGAUUCAGUUUGGAAGUGGUUGGUACUAUAUAUCUUGCGCAAAAUGUAGUAGAAAACUGAAAUUCUCAGAGUCUUACCUGAUGUGCUGUCCGCGUCAUGGUAGUCCGCGAAUUGGAAUUCCGAUGUACAAGAUGAAGAUUUCUCUUGAGGAUAGCACCGGUACUAUUGAUGUCGGGUUUAGCGGCAAACCAGCAGAGGAUUUUUUCGGCGUUACGGCCCGUGAAUUAGUUGAUGAACAGGGGUAUAAUGAUGCAAGUGUUCUUCCUGAUACAAUAACUGACAAAAUGUUUCAGCGAUAUGUGUGGCGUAUUGGACGUCGUGGGUCGGAAAUGAGUGUGUUGUCUGUAUCUGUUUUGUGUGAUCAGAAGAACAACAGUGGCUGCUUUAUAGAACCUGAUGUUACUUCGAUAGAAAAAGCAAUGAAUUCAGCUGGUGGCGCUGGGAAUUCGGCUAAUAUAUGAUUUGGGAAAUGAUGAGCAGCACCUGUGGAGUUUUUACUUUUGUCUAAUGUAUUUUAAAUCUUUAAGAUAAUAAUGUGUUUAUCAUUUUUCCUGGUUUGUAGUAUGUAUUUGUGUUUUGUCUUCUAUAUCUGACUGGAAUUAAAUAUUGUUAUAUUUCAGCAUUUAUUUUGUUCA